UGGACACAUGGCCGGCACAGCACCGUCCCAACCCGCGACAUUCCCGUCAGAAAUCUGCCUAUUGGCGGCUGGUUGACAGAAAGGCUCAGAGUAGUUCUGUUCCCUGCGCUUGAGAAGCACACCCAGAUUUCAGAACGGUACUGGGAGUUCCGGGACAUCUUCAUUAUCGGGUACGAUGCCAACCAUCAGCGCGAGCUGGCGGUACACAGAGAUGGAUGUCUGGCCUCGCUGACCCUGCUGCUGAAUGACCCAAGCGAAUUCGAGGGCGGCGGCACGCUGUUCACUGACUUUGAUCUGCAUGUCAAGCAGCAGCCCGGCGACGCGUGGGUACACGACGCAAACCUGAACCACGCUGGGAUUGCUAUCACCAAAGGCCAGCGCAUUAUCAUGGUGGCCUUCAUGGACACC